AUGGCAACUAAAUUAUAUGAUCAUGGCUUAAAUUUAGACAUGACUUCAGAUAUUGCAAGUAAUACGCUACAUGGAUUGGGAGAGGAUACAAUUGAUUUUAAGCCACUUCCUAAGACCAGUAUACUCAAGAAAUCAAUUUUGAAGAAAUUUGGAAACGAUACUGAUGUUUCUAGCACCAAUUUAAAUAUGAAAUCGAAGAAACGUGUCUACUUUGAUGUCACACAUAUUGAAGAACAUGAAAUCCACAAUGAAGAUUAUAUAUAUGAAGAGAAUGGAGAUAUAACUAACGAGGAAAACAGUUUCAAUCAAGAUGGCAUUCAACAGGAGGAGUAUGAUGAUGCCUUUCAACAGAACGGUGAUAUUGGAGAUGUUCAGACAUUAGAAAUAGAAGAAGAUAAAUUCAAUGAGGCUAUCAAAGAUAGGAAUACACCACUUUCUACUUUUAAAGCUAUGAUAGCAGAAGAAAAGGAAAAGCUUAAAAAACAAUUAGAGAUAUUUCAAGAAAAGUGCCAAAGAGAGCUUAGAGCAAUGAAACAAGAAUUAGAUGAUAGAAGAGAACUAUUUUUACUGGAAUCUGAAGAACUUGACGCUUUAGCUUAUGAACAAAGGCAACAAAUAGAGUCUGAACUUGCUGAGCUACAAGCUGAAUUGAAUUUAAAUAAAAAACGUCAAAGUUACCAAGCAAAGGAAGAUAGAUUAAAAUUGCUAGAGGGUGAUUUGGAACGACGAGCCCAGAAUUCAAAAGACUAUGAACAAGAGAUUAUUGAGAUGGAAGAAUAUCUUAACAGGCGGCAUCAAAUGUGGCAUGAUAAAACUAUAGAGUUAAAAGAAAGAGACAAGGAAUUAAGUGAAUACGAAAGGGAAAUUUCUUCUAGAAAGGAAAAGUUAAAAGAAUCUGGUAUUGAUCUCGAUAAAAACGAGCGAUCGGACGAUAAUGAAUUACAGAAGAAAAUUUAUGAACUGACAAAUUCUCUUCAAAACUCCAAGCAAAAUCUAUAUAAGAUUGAAUCUGAAUCAAAGGAGAAAGAUCUAAUGAUAUCAUCGAUGAAAUCUAAGUUGGAUGGAUUUACAAAUGAAAAUCGCGGCCUUCAGCAGAAAAUGAGACAUUUAGAAUCACAGUUAUCUAUUACAAUGGAAGAAGUUAAACAAAUGAAAAAAAAACCUGAUAAUCGAACUAAUAAUGUGGCAGCAAGGCAUGGUAAAAUAUUUAGAAGAUCAAAAUCUUUAGACAAUGAAACACUAAGAGCUAGAAAUGGGGAUGAUUUAUAUAUCAUUUCUAUAUGCUUAUUUAACUCCCAUUCUUUUAAAGCCGUAUUUGACAAUCUGGAUCAAUGA